AUGAGAGCAAUCCAGGGUUCUCUCAUCAUCACUGGCUGCUUCCAAGUAGUCAUGGGGUUCUUGGGUCUUUGGAGAAACACUGCCAGAUUUCUCAGCCCACUUUCUAUUACUCCAUGUGUAACUUUUGCUGGGCUUGGACUCUAUUAUCUUGGUUUCCCUGCUUUGGCAAGAUGUGUGGAGAUUGGGCUUCCACAAGUCAUCAUAAUGGUGUUCAUCACUCAGUAUCUUCCACACUAUGUGAAGUCUAAGAGGCCACUCUGUGAUCGAUUCGGGUUGCUAUUCUCGGUUCCUAUAGUAUGGCUGUUUGCUCAACUCUUGACAUCAAGUGGAGUCUAUGACCACAAAUAUGUUGUCACCCAGUUGAGUUGUCGCACGGAUCGAUCUGGAUUCGUCUCUGCAGCUCCUUGA